AUGACUCCUUGGCAGCAUGAUUCUCUAAAAAACAAGUUUUUUAAAAUUAUUAUCUGCCUAGCGUCUAUGCAAAUCGCUUUAGCUAUUCAAAAGAUUCCUAUUGUCUGUUCCAUUACAAACGACAAAGGCACCCAAUAUUUUGACCAUGGUUCUAUCAGCCUUCCUGAAUUAACAUUUGAUAUUGUGAAAAAAGAAUUUGAUUUGCAAGAAUUUGAAACAUCCUCCAUUUUACGAUGCGGUUAUCGAAAUGAAAAUUCUGGCCACUGGCCUGCAGGUACUAGUUUCUAUAGACUGGGGCAAUUGCUAGAGUCACAUCAUGCUUAUAAGGAUUGUUUCAUUUUACAUACCUCAAAGAAUGCAGCACCGGAUUCGCUGAGCGAUGUCGUUCAGGUGGUUCAUAGCUUCAAACCUAUAGCCAAGGAUUCAAUCAAAGGAACCAAACCUGACAUCCUAUUAAUGUAUCCGGAUUUUCCUGAGCCUGUUUUAGUUUCCCCCAAACAAAAGUCCCAGGUACCUGUCUCUACAGCCGCUAAAAAAAGGAAGCGUCCUUUGCCCAAAGACGUGAAAACAAAAGGUAAAUCCUCAGAGGCGAACGAUGACACUGAAGACACAGAAAUAGUACCAGAGGAAAAGACAUUUUUACAACGUUUUGGCCUAUAUCUUAUUCCCAUUUUUUUCUUACUUCUAGUUGGAGCCUCUGGGGGAUCCCAAUCUUCUGCUACUAGCAACGGGUAA